ACUCAUAUUCUGUAAAUUACAGUUUCCUCAUUGUCUGUUUCUCUCUCUUGCCUUCCUGCCCUGCUUUUCACACACCAAAAGUUGAUAAUGUAAACACUGAAACCUCAAAUUAAAUUGGCUUAAAACUUAUUCAAAACUUCAAAGAAAAAACUCCAUUUUUUUGGUGAACCCAGAAAAAAAAAAUGGUUUCAAAAAGCACUAAAUUAGUGUUGUUUGGGCUCCUAAUUUCAGUAUUAGUGAGCAUAUCUUCAGCUGGGGAUGCCUUUGUGUACUAUGAUUUUGAAGUCUCCUACAUCACUGCUUCUCCACUGGGUGUUCCUCAGCAGGUCAUUGCAAUAAAUGGUAAAUUUCCAGGACCUCCCAUGAAUGUUACUACUAACAACAAUGUGGUUGUUAAUGUGCACAACAAAUUGGAUGAAGAUCUCUUAAUGACUUGGGCAGGAGUAUUUCAGAGGAGAACUCACUGGCAAGAUGGAGUAUUAGGAACUAAUUGUCCAAUUCCUCCAAAGUGGAACUGGACUUACCAAUUCCAAGCUAAGGAUCAAAUUGGAAGUUUCUUUUACUUCCCUUCCAUCAAUUUCCAAAGAGCUUCUGGUGGUUAUGGAGGUAUUAUCAUCAACAACCGUCCUGUUAUUCCAAUUCCUUUCGCCACACCGGAGGCCGAUAUUGUCCUCAUGAUCGGAGAUUGGUAUACUAAGAGCCACUCGGAUUUGAGGAAAACCCUUAAUGGUGGGAAAUCUCUAGGAAUGCCAGAUGGUGUUGUUAUUAAUGGGAAAGGCCCUUACAGAUACAAUGACACUCUUGUUCCUGAUGGCAUUGAUUAUGAGACUAUUAAUGUCCACCCAGGGAAAACAUACCGUCUGCGUGUACACAAUGUUGGAGUCUCAACAAGCUUGAACUUCAGAAUCGCCAGCCACAAUCUGCUUUUGGCAGAAACUGAGGGAUCCUACACUGUGCAGCAAAAUUACACUAGUUUGGACAUUCAUGUAGGACAAUCAUACUCAUUUUUGCUCACUACUGAUCAAAAUGCCAGCUCUGAUUACUAUAUAGUAGCCAGUGCUCGGAUGGUUAAUGAAACAACUUGGCGGAGAGUUACUGGUGUUGCAAUCUUACGUUACUCGAAUUCUAAAGGAAAGGCACAUGGUCCCCUCCCAGAACCCCCUCAAGAUCAAAAUGACAAGACUUUCUCUAUGAAUCAGGCUAGAUCAAUCAGGUGGAAUGUGUCUGCUAGUGGUGCUCGUCCUAACCCACAGGGUUCCUUUAGAUAUGGUUCAAUAAAUGUGACCGAUCUUUUCCUCAUACAAAACAAGCCACCAGUGAAAAUAGGUGGUAAAAAACGCGCCACGCUCAAUGGGGUUUCAUUUGUCAAUCCUACCACACCGAUGAGGCUUGCUGAUAAGCACCACGUGAAAGGUGUUUAUAAGAUGGACUUUCCCCAUAAACCCUUGACAGGAUCCCCUCGCAUGGGAACAUCAAUUAUCAACGGUACUUACAGGGGAUUUUUGGAGAUCAUUCUUCAAAACAACGAGACCAGGGUCCACACUUAUCACCUUGAUGGAUACAACUUUUUCGUGGUUGGUAUGGACUAUGGUGAAUGGUCAGAUAACAGUAGAGGAACAUACAACAAAUGGGAUGGAAUUGCUCGCACCACAGCACAGGUAUAUCCUGGGGCUUGGACUGCUAUUUUGGUAUCACUCGACAAUGUCGGUAUUUGGAACUUGAGAACCUCAAAUCUUGACUCAUGGUAUCUUGGACAAGAAACAUAUAUCAGGGUAAUCAAUCCAGAAACUGCAGGCAAUGCAGAGUUGUCACUAAAAACUGAGCUUCCUGCUCCUGAUAAUGUCCUUUUCUGUGGUGCACUCAAGAAGUUGCAGAAGCCUCAGCGUAUAUCUUCUGCAGCAAACAACCCCAUCAAGCCCGUGUUUACGUUGUUGAUGAUUUGCGUAGCCAUAUUUUAUCUCCAUUGAGGCAUUAUAACCCGAAUGGAUGUGAUUAUUUUGUUUUCGGGAGCAUGGACUAUUGGCGAGAGAUGAUUUUAGAGUGUGCAUGCUUUUUUCUUUUUUUUUUAGGUUUGUCAAUAUGGAAGAUAAUCCCCAUUUCUCCUGCACUUGAUUUUCUUUAUUUUUUUAGCUCUACUAUUCUCAAUACUGUUGGUGCUCCCAGAAUCCCUGUAGUAGUCUAAUUCUUGAGAGUAAUCAUUCUUUCUACUCUACCAUUUAUUUAUUAAAUGUAAUGAUGAUGAUUUAAUUUCUAAAUUCCAAUACUCAAAAAGAGUUGAGCUUCUUGUC